UGGAACGGCACACGUCCCGCACCGCAUCGCGCAGAACGACACGACAUUCCCUCUCUGCCCCACCACAGGGAGUCCCAACUCUCAACCUCCACCUGCAUCAAUCAUCGCUCGUCCAUCACCAGUUCACCACCGUGCCGCUUGUGCCUCUCCACUCCACUCUGCUCAGCUCACCUCCAUAAGGUUUGGGAUGGAACUAGGACUGGGAGCUCCAACUUCUCCGCCGCCAUGGCGUGGCCAUCUCCUCUUCCGCGCGCUCGUCAUCUUCCUCUGCCUCUGGGUUACAUCCGAGGCAAAUGAACAACAUGUGGAACUACCACCAAGAGGAUGGAAUUCGUAUGAUUCUUUUUCUUGGACGGUUGAUGAAAAUGCAUACUUGCAAAAUGCAAAGAUUUUGGCAGAAAAGUUACUACCACAUGGAUAUCAGUAUGCAGUUAUUGAUUACCUGUGGUACCGGAGGUAUGUUGAUGGGGCAUAUACAGAUUCUUAUGGGUUUGACAACAUUGAUGAGUGGGGUCGACCGUUUCCUGACCUCCAAAGAUUUCCAUCAUCCAAAUAUGAUAAAGGGUUCAGUCAAAUUGCCAAUAAGGUUCAUGAGAUGGGCUUGAAAUUCGGCAUCCAUUUAAUGAAAGGAAUAAGUACACAGGCUGUUAAUGCGAACACACCCAUCUUGGAUAUUGAGACGGGAAAACCCUAUGUAGAGAACGGUCGGCAAUGGGCAGCUCAUGACAUUGGCCUGACCCAUAAAACAUGUGCAUGGAUGCCACAUGGAUUUAUGAGUGUAAAUACGGAUAUUGGAGCUGGAUGGGCCUUCUUAAGAUCUCUUUACCGACAGUAUGCGGAUUGGGGUGUUGAUUUUGUGAAGGUUGAUUGUAUCUUCGGUACUGAUUAUAGCCCGGAAGAAGUAAUAACUAUUUCGCAGCUCCUGCGAGAGCUUGACCGCCCAAUAGUACUGUCCAUCUCACCAGGAACUGAAGUCACUGUACCAUUAGCUGAAAACAUCAGUGAACAUGUUAACAUGUAUAGGAUAACAGGAGAUGAUUGGGACAACUGGAAAGAUGUUAGUACACAUUUUACUGUGACAAGUGCCUUCGCUGCUGCGAAUAAGAUCGGGGCCACCGGAUUACGAGGAAAAUCUUGGCCAGAUUUAGACAUGCUUCCAUUUGGCUGGCUAACUGAUCCGGGUGUCAAUCAGGGCCCUCAUAGGCCGUGUAAUCUUACAUUUGAUGAACAGAAAGCACAGAUGACACUUUGGUCAAUGGCUAAGUCGCCUCUCAUAUAUGGAGGAGAUCUGAGACAUCUCGACAAUAGUACAUUCAGCAUUAUGACCAAUCCUACUCUAUUGAAGAUAAACUACUACAGUAAAAAUAACAUGGAGUUCCAUUAUGUGUCUGGUGAGACGACUUCUAAUACCAGACAUUCUGGUCACUUGAGUCCUCGAUAUCCUGUAAACCCGACAAAACAUGAUGGCAUGGUCGUGGGUCUCACUUCCUGCACCAAUGACCAAGCUAACGGAUGGUUUGUAUUUCCACAAGAUGGGAAGUCAGAUCAUAUAUGCAGGAUCUAUGAAACAGAGAAUGGCAAAAAUGUCUCAUUUUGCUUGGGGAAAACAAAACCUCUUCUUGCCUCGGAUGAUGAUAUCAUGGAAAAGGAGGAAGACCAAACAAAGUUCCAUCUGGCAGUUGCAGACAUUAAUGAUUCUUGUUUGGAUGCAUCUGCUAGUCGGAGGCGGACUGCCUCAGAGGUUAAGCUUCUCAUGUUCUCCAGGUGCAAAUGGCAUGCAAGGCAGAUGUGGGAGCUGAAUGACAAGGGUAACCUUGUGAGCAGCUAUUCAAGAUUAUGUGCCACGGUGGAAUCCAGCAAGGAAGCAGUAGGUAUUACUGGAGCUCGUGCAUGGAUUGCAACUGGAAGUAAAGGAAAUAUAAAUUAGUGAAAAACUGAAGAGAACUGAAAUGUUUGCAGAAAUUUUAUGUUGCAAGAUUCAUGUUCUGUAAUCUUUUGUAAGCUGAAAACAGAACAAAAUAACCGAAUAAUUGUGUUGUAAUAUUAAUAGUGGUAGCUCAUUCUCAUGGCAUUUAUAUGCGGGAUUUAAGAAAAAGAGUAGAGCGGAAUUCUAUGUGGGCUCAGAGAGCAGUCUGCGAAAACAUGGACAUAUUACCUUCCCUGAGCUGGCGUUUACGAAAAUGGUACUCCCUCCGAUCCAUAAUAAGUGUCGCAGUUUUGAACUAAGGUUGAAGGGAUCGGAGGGAGUACUAUUUUUCAUUAACGAAUAUGCAACCUGUCUUACUGAUUAUGUGAUAUUCUAGUUAUUCUAGUACUAUGUUAGGAAUGUUCCAGUCUCCAAAUGUUUAUUUGCACAUUUCUUUGCGUUGAGACUUAA